AUGUUCAGCAUCAUUGCAUUACAGACGUGCCAGACGCACUCAUUCACACGCGGCGUAACAAAGAUCCUUUUCUUCGGGCUCGCACACCUAGUCUGCGGCUUUGGAGUAUUUGCACCUCUCUGCUUCACUCUGAUAGGCACUCCCCUGUCUAGCUUUUCAUUCACGUCACAUCGAAGCAGUCGCCCAAGCCCCACAGCAUAUGCCCAGAGCAUAAUCCCCGGAAUUUCUAUCAGCUACAUCCUCCCAAUCAUGAUAAUGGCUCUUCCCUGCCCGACCAUAAUUUCCCCAGAGACCAAACAACAAGCCAUCCUCUUCUGGCACAGAUGGCCAUUCUACUUGCCCGUGAUCAUGUCCAUCCACCACGCCAUAUGUGGUCGAUUUCGGAAUAUCCAGUUGGGCCCAAAAAUCGCAGCCCGGCGCGGAACGCAACUCGUGUAUCGAUUUGGAUUCCUGUGUUCUUACCUAUGCCACAUUACCUCGGUUGCUAUUGUGAUUGCGUCUUAUAUUCCCGGUGCAAUCCCGCGCGCGAGUCUUUCAUUUGGCGAGGAGGUAGGUGAUAAGCUCAUCAUGGUGAUAGAGCGGGGGAUGACCGACAUUUUGAAAUGGGAUUAUGCCAUGGCGGCUGCGUCAGCGAUGGUAUGGGCUUUAGAUGCUCGUAUCAAAAGGUUCCGGGCGAAAGGCAAGCAACUUAGUCGGGAUGAUUACCUUCAGAUGUGCUGGGACGUGUUUGUUGGGAGUGUGAUGGACGGACCGUGCAGCGUCGCGUUGAGAAUCAGUUUGGGUAUGGAUGAAUAG